AUGGGGAAAGUUAAUUGUGUCAUAUUUUUAAGUAUAUUGUUGGUGCUGGUAGAAUUGAGUUAUACACAAAGAUCCAAAAAUUUAGACCUGUGCAAAAAAGAUCAUAGAUUUAUACCAAAUGGAGAUCAUCUACCUAGUGUGGGAAGUAAUAUGAAGGUCUAUUUUAGUGUUAAGGAAAAUGUUGAACAACAAUGUUUAAUGAGGUUUACUACUUGUGUUAGUUGUAAACUGAAUCUUACAUCUGUAUCAUCUUACCUCUCUUUUUCUACAUGUCAUAAACAACUUGAUGUAACUAAUAGUAAAUGUACUCAAGGAUGUACAUAUCUACAUGUAUUUGAUCCAGACUAUCGAAAUGAAACGACAAAAUAUUUUACUGGACCAUUUGAUGUUUAUAGAUCAGAAUCUAAAACAAUGUAUAUAGUUUUCUGUUCUAAUGGUAUUCAAUAUAAACAUGUAAAUAUUACUCUACAACUGAGUGUUGAAGAAAAGAAAGAGGUAUAUAAAGGAUCAUCUCAAGAUAUUCAUACUGGAUAUAACCAAAUUGUUAUGUCACCAUUCUUUCCUAAUUAUUAUGCUGAGAAUUCAGAAGAGUAUAUAUAUGAAUUCCGGGCUGUCAAUCAUGAAGAUUAUGUAUUUUUAGUUUUUGAUGACUGGAAUCUUUCUCCUUACAGUACAAUACAGUUUGAGAAUACCAAUAUCCAGGGUCCAGUAAAAGGGUCAGCUAGCAGACCAUCUGUAUUAUCUAAUGGACCAUACAUAAAGUUACAUUUUAAAACUGGAAAAAGUUCAACAUCACAAAUCAGAAGUUAUAUGGGAUUCAAACUUUCUUAUAAAUUUUAUGACAAGAGAAAAUAUGUUCAAAGACGUGAAACAAAUUGUGGUGAAUAUAUAUUAAACCGAGAUGGUGGUACUCUAAUGUUUCAACCAUCUAGUAAUAUUAAUGAUUUCUAUGACUGUAUAUGGGUGGUUAAAGUACAGAAAGGUUAUGAUUCUGUUUACUGUAAAUUAGAAGCUUUUGAAAGCAUUAGAGAUUAUGACUCUCAGAAUAGGUUGGAGAUAAGGAAUGGGUUAACAUCACAAGGUACCCUGAAAGCUUCUGUUAGUCCUGGAACUGUUGAUGCUAGUAGUCUGUAUGGCCAUGAUUCAGAUACAGGGUUUUAUAUAAGACUAUAUGGUAGAUAUCGAGAUGCAAAAGAUUUUAUUCUUACAUACGCUUCUUAUAAAUUAGGUGAAUGUGUUGGAGACAGAUAUUUUAACUGUGAUAAUAAAAAAUGUAUUAAUUCCCAGUUUGUAUGUGAUGGUUAUAAUCAUUGUGGAGAUGGUUCAGAUGAAAAAUCUUAUUCUUGUAAUACUUAUACCAGGCCAGAAGAUUCACCGAAUUCCUAUACCUUGAGCGUUGGUGUUAUUAUUCCUAUAGUAAUAUCAGUAUUUUUGAUAGUAGUUAUAUGUUUACUUCUUAUAUUUAUACGAAGAUGUCGACGUUUACAAAGUACAAUACCUGAUGAUUCUCAGAGAAUCAGUACUGUAUCCUCCCACAAUCCUCAGAGUGGUGGAGGCAGAGGCAGACGACAUAGAAGUCGUCAACAAAGAAUCAGUAUGAAUUUAACUAUAUCUCAAGAUUCACCACCAACAUAUGAUGAAGUUAUACGAUCAACACCUAUUGGACAUCUCAAUAUGGCAUUCAUGUGGUCUAAUGCUGAAGAUGGGGUUAUUCAACCACCAACUUAUGAAGAAGCUAUUAGUUCUACUGGUGAUCUACCACAGCUUUCUAUAUCUCAUAAUCUCUCAUCUAGUUCUACUGAAACCACAGCCUCAGCUGCUAGACCUGUAUCUGAAUUAAGCUCUUCCACUGAUAGUUCUUACCAUCAACGACCUCGUCAGAUAUCAUCAUCUUCUAGCUCAUCAGCAGCUACAGUUACUGGUAAUCCUAAUUGGCCAGGUGAACCAGUGCCAUCAAGUGUUCCCCAUUCCACGUCUAGAUCAUCUCGGAAUAAGCCUCAAGAUGACCUUAUUGUAAGUGCUAAUGCUUUAGGAGAUAAACCUAACGAAGGACAAGCUGAGCACACUCAAGGUCAUGCACCACCUCAACAGCUAGUCACACCAAAGGAAUGUGGAAUGAGGUAUGAUCCAGAGAAUCAAGCUGCUGGUGCUGGUAUUUCUGCUGUUCCUCCUAAUUCUGCUGUUUCUUCAGAUUCGCAAGACAUUGAUACCAGUAGAGCCUUACAAGAAUAUGUUGCAAGGAAAAAAUAUCAGAAAAAGAGAGCAAGUAAUGAUGGACAGACAUCUAAUGGUGAACGUAGUGAAUCACAUGUUAGAUCUCCAAGACAUAGACAUCUUGCAUCUGAAGGUUCAUCCAGAAGUGAACAGUCACCAUCAAGCAGUAGUGAUAAAAAUCACAGAAAAAGACAAGACAGAAGGGGAGGCAACUCUAGAUCUAGGGACUCUCCUAGUGCUCAUAGUGUUCAAGAAUCAUUACCGCCCCCACCACCCUCUCCGCCACAAAGAUCUGUAGACCCUUCCAGGUCCGAACGUCCCAACUGCAGUACUUCUUUACUUAGUCCUUCACAUGGAUCAUUUUCCGACAGAGUUGAGGCUAACCCUCCAUUAGAACAGAGUGCAUCUGAUAACAUAAGACUUAGUGAAUCCACACAAAAUCUUGUUUUAAAUCUUCAGGUCAAUGCUGAUGACCCUCCAGAAAAUACAGACAUAUUUGUAUAA